AUGGUGAUCGGCCUGCUUGUCAUCGCGGGGAUCCCUACGACGAUCGGGGUCUGUGAGGCCUUGAGCGCGCAGAAGAAAGCCGACGCCGCGGCAAAAGAGAAGGCCAAGUUCUUCCUAACGACGACCGUCUCGCUUGACGGAGAGGAGCCAGUGGAGUGCUUCUGCGUGUUGAAGGGGGGGAAGCUAUGGAUUGACCACCCAGCCUACCCCAUGCCGGGCCAUAAGUUCCUGGGCUGGUACUUCACGUACCCGUCCGAGGCGCAGCACCUGGGCAUGGUGAGCACGAUCCAGGAUGACCCGCCAGCGCUGAACUGGAUCUUUGUCGACAAGGAUAGCAACAUGGUGCGCCACGGGGGGCGGCAGGACACGCUGGGCGGCCACACCAUCGGGCCGUGGAACUGGAGCAGUGACGAGCAGUGGCUGACCCUGGAGGGCGAUGCCGCUCGAUUCGUGGCCGUCGAGCAGGAAAACAGGAAAUGGGCCGUCGCCUGGGAUCGAGAUGGGAGCAUCCGCAACGGGGGGUGCGACGACGAGGACGAAGGCGGGGACGGGGAUGAGGACGAGAGCCACCAGCCACGAAAGCGGGCUCCCAUCAUGCUGCAUCGAAGAAUGCAGCUAGGCAUGGAGAGCCGGUAUGUGAAGGGCCAAGGGGCCGGUUAG